UAACGAUAGCAAUGUUCAUAGACCUACAGGGACAAGUUACAAAAUGCAUGCCCGGCUGAUGUAAAGAUAUUAAAAUAUUAUAUACACAACGUUAAAGAAGAUGGCAAUCUGAAACUUACAAACGGAGAAGUAAGAAUCGAUGACAUUGACAACGAAGAACAGGAAUACUUGAUAGGUGUAAAAACAAGAAGAAAUGUAUCUUCUUUUCCACGACAAUAUAAAAACAUUUAUAAUUAAAACCAAGGUUUAUCGUUUAGAUGCAUGUCGCAGAGAUUCAGCGAUAGAAACGCCAAAACUAAAAACUUGGGACGAGUACAGAAAAUUGGUACAACUAGCGCGAUCAUGUCCAAGAACGAUAACAGAUCGGACACCGGAAUUAACGCACAUAACCUCUCUCCAAAAAAUUCGUAUCGAUAGGGGAGGAUACAGAUCGAAACCGCGUUUAAGCGCCCAGGCGAAAAGAAGUAUAAUAAAGGUGGAGGUACAAAAAACAAUACUGAUCGCGGACUCUAACUGCGUACAAUUUCGUAACUUUAAAUUGAAUAAGUUGUACAAGAAAACGGUCACGUUGCAAAACAUCACCACGUCACCGGCGAGAUUUCAAAUGGAAGCUAGACCGUAUCGCUCCAAGUUCCAAGUUCUAAUAAAGCCCGUGAAGGAAAAUAGGAAUAUCGUUCCCCCUGGUAUGCAGCUACAAUUAAUCGUUCUAUUCCGUUGUGACGUCAUAGACGAACCAGAGGAAAUGCUGGUACUGAAUGUGCAACAUGGCAAAUCGCUGAUCAUCAGAUUGCACGGAUACAAGGACCCCCCUAUCCUGUUGGGAAUCGAUGAUGUACAAGAAGCAUAUCAGAGUUCUUCGGAAGACGUGAAAAAGUCUUUGAGUUACGUAUCUCGGCCAGAGUCGUUAUUGUUGGCGUCGCACGACACCACGAAUAACACAACGGAAAGUAUUUCCGAAGACGACGACGAUUGGGACGAUAGCAGUCGCACGAUAUUUAGGAACAUGAUUCUAGACUGUAAGAAAGCCUUCGUUGGAGAAGAAACUCAUGUACCCAUGAAAUUCAAGAACGUUGGCGGAGAGGGAAGGUUUUUCAUAAUGAGUGAAGUCGACUGGGCUUCGAUGCACAUCGAUAGAGUGAAUUGUUUGUUAUCAGGAUAUCACAGAUAAGAAUAUGCUGACGCUACCUACCUUCGCCUUGUGGCCAGCUUACUUUAGAAUGAAGUCGCAGGAAGUAAUAACCUUCCACGUGUACUUCUUGCCU